UGAUGUAAAAAUAUUCAUCUUAGUGAAAAUGGCUUUAUCAUCAUCAGUAAUGAGUGUAGUAAUAGUCUUAAUAGGCAUUGCAUUUUCACUUAAUAUGUGUGUAGGAACUUAUGACUAUCUGUCGUUGAGUCUUCAAUGGCAACCCGGAUACUGCAGGAGGACCGAUAUUAAAAUUAAAUGUCAAAACAGUCUAACAGUGCCUAACAAUUUUAUUAUACAUGGUUUAUGGCCUUCCAACCACUUGGAUCCUCAGCCAGAAUAUUGCUGGACCGGAGACAAGCAGGCACAAACUUUGAAUACGAAAACGAUUCCAAAAGAUUUACAAACUAAGCUCAAGAUAUCAUGGACAAGUGCAAUAGGAGAUAAUGAAAUGUUCUGGAAAUAUGAAUGGUCGAAGCAUGGAACAUGUUACUACGAUGGGAAGAAGCAUAGGCAAUUUACAUACUUCAAUACAGCAUACAAGUUUUGGAAUGGAUUUAACCUUUUUAAUACACUCAAGGCAGAAGGGAUUGUCCCUGUUUCAGGAUUAGGCAAGCAGUACACUACAGAGGCUGCAACAAAAGCCAUCAAAAAGCACUACACCAAAGACACUGUUACAUUCACUCCUCGAUUCAUGUGUUCUAAUUCUCCACCAAAUGAGUUAUAUGAAAUUAUUAUGUGUUUGGAUCAUGACGGAAUGAGUGCCAUCAACUGUACAAUGCCUUCAUCUUGUGGCAACUUAUUUUUAUGGAAAUUAUAAUUAUAAUUAUAAUGAUGAUGUAAUAUAUAUAUUGCUUCCGUAUAGAUAUACUAAAUAAAAAGGUUAAUAAGAAGAAGUUGAGGAAGAUUGUGCUACCAUUUGUUGAUGAUGAAGAAGUAGAGGAUGAAUAACCUUUCCUUAUGAGAACAAAGGUUGUGUAUAAUGAUGCUCAGAACAUUCAUGAUAACAUGAAACUAUAUCACAUUUUUAGA